AUGGAGCCGCACAUAAAUUCUUCAGUGGAUUACUUAUACAAUGAAGAGGAAUGGAAUGAUACUUUUGAAUAUGCUUUGUACGAAAGCAUGUGUAUCAAAGAAGAGGUAAGACGUUUCAGGAAGUCAUUCCUACCUGCAUUUUACUCCAUUGUUUUCCUUGUUGGACUUGCCGGAAAUUCUUUAGUAGUUGCAAUCUAUGCCUACUUCAAGAAACUGAAGAGCCGGACGGAUGUGUACAUUAUGAAUUUGGCCAUUGCCGAUCUGUUAUUGCUUUUCACUCUCCCAUUCUGGGCGGCAAAUGCUGCGCGCGGGUGGGUGCUUGGUAUCGCCUUGUGCAAAAUCACCUCUGCGAUGUACACUUUGACCUUCAGCGCCAGAAUGCAGUUUCUGGCUUGCAUCAGCAUUGACAGGUACAACGCCAUCGUCAAACCCCAGAGUCUACGAGGAGUUACAAAGCAAUGCAGCAAAAUCUGCUGUGCUGUCUGGAUGGCUGCCAUGUUGCUGUGCAUUCCCGAACUAAUUUUUAACACAGUCAAAGAGCUACACGGCAGAUCUGAAUGUCUUCCUAUCUUUCCCAAGAGCCUUGGGGUAAUGCUUAAAGCAACCAUUCAAAUGUUGGAAAUUACUCUGUGUUUCGUAUUGCCUUUCUUUGUCAUGCUGAUCUGCUAUUCAGCUGUUGCCAGAGCUCUCCUGAAGGGUCCCGGCAUUAAAAACUCCCGUCCCCUGAAGGUUCUCGCUGCGGUCGUCUUGGCCUUUAUCCUCACCCAACUGCCCUACAACAUCGUCAAGCUUUGGAGGGCCAUUGAUAUUAUCUUCCACCUGGUCACGGACUGCAACAUAAGCAAAGCCAUCGAUGUUGCCUUCCAGGUCACCAAGAGCAUUGCCUUGUUCCACAGUUGCCUAAACCCCAUCCUUUAUUUUUUUAUGGGAGCCUCUUUCAAAAUGUAUAUGGCAAAAAUAGCGAAAAAUUAUGGCUACUGGCAAAGACGACGACACACAGCAACUGAAGAGAUCCCCAUGGGCCACGAGGAAUCCACGGAGCAAACCAGCAGCUUCACUAUCUAG